UAUAUUUUAUCUUCAUUAUUCUCUCUCUUCCAUAAUUUUCUUCUUUUUCUUUUCUCUUGUACCACCCACUAGGCCAUAAUGAGUGGUGGGAAGGGGCCCAAAAAAUUUGUAUUUAUCAUUGUGGGGCCACAAGAAAUAGCAACAAAUGUUUGACUUAGUGGUAAUACCACAGUUUAGAAUUUGAAAGUCUUAGAUUCGAAUCCCAACACUUAAUCAAACAUAAUGUAAAACAUAUAUCACUUUUAUCCAAAAAAGAAAAGUAGAAAGAACAACCGAAUAUGUUAUGAAAAAAAAAAGAUAAAAAGAAAAACAGGAAGAGAGAUUGAGUAUUUGGCAACGAGAAGAUAAAAAGUGAGAAAGUGAAUGGAAAGAAGACAACCAAAUGCUUCACCUAUCACAUGUGGAUGUCUCACCAUGGUGAUGGGAAAUUGCACAAAAAAUAUGUAAAUCUUACUUUGGUGGUCACAACAAAAAAUGACAAAAAAUCUAAAAAAUAGACAAAACAAGUGAGUAUGUUAUAAAAUAAAAUAAAAAGUGGAAAAAAUGAGUGAGUAUUUGGCCUCGAAAAGAUAAAAAGUGAGAAAGUCAACGGAAAGAAGACGUCAAACGCGUCACUUAUCACAUGAGAAUGUCUAACCAUUUUUUAUGGUUCUAUCUUAUUUUGAUUGUAUUUUUUAGAAUAUUAAUGCAACUAAUAUUUUUAUUAGCCAUCAGAUGAGAAAAUUCAUUAGUGACACAACUCAUUAUGAAUAAAGUUGAAAGAACUAUUUAUGACACAACUAAUUCUAUCAAACAUGUGAUCAAUUUAUGGCCAUCUGACCAAUUAUUAGGUUUUAUUCUUAAUGCUGUCAUAUUUAAUUGUUGAAAAAAGGGUCAAAACUGAAAACAAAUAACAAUAAAAUGUCCAGGAUUUACACCUAGCUGACGGUAGAGGCUGGUCUGUGAUCUCAGAUCAACAAAAGGUUAGUUUAUAUGCUUCCUAUAAUAAGUUGAGAUAUAUAGGAUGUUAGAGGGAUGUUCUAAAACCCAAUGUUGAUGUAUUGCAUGGUUUAGUAGACGCCAUUCAUGAGCUUCUGCCCGAGGCAGAACAUAGAAAGUGCUCAAGGCAUGUGUAUGCAAAUUGGAAAGUGAGAAACAAGACCGACCGUGUUCGAAAACUAUUUUGGAAUGCAGUUUACUCAUGUAACGAGGUGGACUGGAAGAAGGCGACUUCUGAGCUGCAAGAAAUUGAAGGUGAGGAACAUGGUGGCACACCCUAUACUGAGUUCAUGAAUGCAGAACCUAGGUCAUUCUGUCGAGCAUACUUGUCUCCUCUUCCCAAGUGCGAUUCGGUUGAGUCAAAUAUAUGUGAAACAUGGAAUGGUGUGAUAGUUAAGUAUAGAUGUAUGAGAAUCAUAGACAUGUUAGAGGGAAUUAGGGGCUAUGUAAUGGUUAGGGUUGUCGUGAAAUACAAGAUGCUACUAGAUUCAACUGAUGUCUUAUGUCCUAGGAUUAGGAAGAGGGUAGAGAAAGAGAAAGCUUUGGCUAGGUUGUGCACGGCGAGACAGAAUUUGAAUGAUAAAUGUGAGGUAAAGAUGGGGGGUGCAGGGUAUAUUGUUGACUUAGAGGACAAGUCUUGCACAUGUGGGUGGUGGACACUUAGCGACAUUCCAUACUGCCAUGCUGUGUCUGCCAUUUCUCAUUUGAGGAAGGAAGUAGACAGUUAUGUUCAUCCAACCUACCUUGUACGCAAUGCUAAAUACGCGUACAAGUAUGGCAUACCUUGUCUCGACGGGAGACAAGCUUGGCCUGAUGCCGUAGGAUAUCCAGUGCACCCACCUAAGCAGAGAAGUAUGCCUGGUAGACCGAAGAAGAAUCGCAGAAAGUCUGCUCAUGAAGUCGAGGUUAGGCCUCAAAGAAAUGGAGUAGGAGAGGAAGUGGUUAGAAGGGGGUCAGUGAUUCAUUGCAAGAAGUGUGGAGGUGAAGGCCAUAAUGCGAGAACGUGUACAGCUCCUACUGCUGCCCCUACUGCUGCUGCUGCUAACAAUAAUGGAGGUGGAGGUAGAGGAAAGAGACCAAGAACAGCCGCACCAAAUCUUGGAAAUACAGAACCUACAGCUCGGAAAACUAGAGUCGGACAUUGCUCCAAGUGUGGUUCUACUACUCACAAUGCCAGAACGUGUCCUCUAAAUCGAGGAGUUGGUAUUCAAGCUGUUCAGAUCAAUGUUGGUGACCGGAGGACUAUUGAACGUGAGAUGCGGGCUGCCACUAGAGGAGUUGGAGUUUAUGUAUCUGAGGAAACAGGGAACCAAUACGCCAUACUGAAUGGCUCGAGGGGACGUGCUGUUGGAGGCACUCAGCACGAUGAGGUCCAGCUGCGUGGAAGCCAACCACCACCAACACAACCUUAGACGUGGGAUGGCCUUGUAUGUUAGGGCCAGGUAGUCAUUUUGCUAUAUCAAUUAGGGGUGGAGUAUACAUUUUGAGAAGUUCUGCCAUGUAAUGGCCUUAUAUGUUAGGGCCGGGUAGUCAUUUUGAGAAGCUCCCUCAUGUAAUGGCCUUGUAUGUUAGGGCCAAGUAUGUUCUUUUAGGUCGGAUUGUGAACACUUCGGAUUAUGUUCUUUUAGGUCGGAUUGUGAACACUUCGGAUUAUGGUUACUAUGUUCUAUAAUGGGGGUAUGUAAUUGGAACACUGUCAGUUCGGAAUGAAGAUUGUGUCUUACCAAACAACAUUGUUCAUAGAUUCUACUUACCAAUAGGUUCUUACACAUACGAAACAACCUUGUCAAAUUACAAAACAUUCUACAUCAGAAAGUGGUGCCAUAGAAGAACAACCAUUAUCAAAUUGAGUACGACAAUAACAGUGAACUGAUAUCGAAUUACAUGAAUAUCAUGAUUAACCCUCCUUCCUUCAGCAACCAUAAUCUCAUGUGCUUUCAUCCAUCUAGAUAACUCAUCGGACAUAAUUUUCUUCUCUUUCUUCCUCCUCUCAGCCUUACACUGUGCUAUACGCAAACUGUCUUCGAGCUUCAGAAUCGAACAACUACUUUCAGAGUUUGCUUGCUUAUCUUCAUCCACAUUCAAUCGCACCCACCUAAAAAAGCGACAAUUCUUCGUCUCGUCCUGCACCAUAACAACAAUCAACUUGCGACUCUAGCUCAAAGACGAGUACCACAAAAAUGCAUAAAUCAUGUCUACGCCACCUUACCUUCCAAAAAGGACACCCAUAGAACUCCCUGCCUGGGUUCAACUCUGUGCCGGAUGUCUUGACCACACAAGGCUUAUUGCACCAACAGAGUACCACGCCUAGUUUCUGAUUGCUAGUCGAACUUGAGGAAGCUGUUCGCCUGGACAUGCCUGCAGCUCGCUUGAAGUGCUGGACAGGAGAAAUCGCGGAAGGAGAGGGUUGCGUCGUCGUUGCGAGUCGGAAUCAGAAUCGAUCGGAAUCGGAAUCGCGGAAGGGAUUGAGGAUUCGAUCAGAAGGGAGUAGAGGAUUCGUGGAGAGUGGAAUUUGGGGGAAGAACCCUAAUUCCGAAAUCGGAAUCGAUUAGAAGAGAGUAGAGGAUUCGGGGAGAGUGGAAAGUUGAAGUUUGGGAAAGAACCCUAACUCCCAAAUCGGAAGAGGAUUCGUGAGAGGAGAGGAACCCUAAUUUUUAGAUCGGGCAAAAGUUGGGGCUGAAGGAGUCGCUUCGAUGGAAAUGGGAAUAUAUGGUAAGAUUUUUUUUAAUAAUGUAAUAUAUGACGUGUCAAGAAUUCCUUAGUUGGCGCUGACGUGUUCGAUUUCUUCUCGCCUAAUCAGCAAACCGUCUACUUAUUUGACAGUGUUAGUAACGCCGUCAAUGUUUCUAACGGAAAAGGCUAUAUUUGUCCAACAACAUUUUCAAAAGGUGGCUAUAAGUGGUAUUUCGCCAAAUGUGGCUAUUAUUGGCACAAACGUGAAAGUUUUGGCUAUGGAACUGUAUUUUGCCUUUUUUUAAUUGAAACUUUAAAAAACGAAUGGAUUCAAA